GGAUCGGCGAGGGAUUGUUAGCCAAGAUGGCGGUGGCGGCUGCUGCGGCGAGGGUUUGGGGAUCAAGUCGAGGCUUGGGCCGGGUUGGCCUUCUCCUUCUGCGGCGGUCAGGGGCUCGUGGGCUGGCUAGAUCACAUCCCCAGAGGCAGCAGCAGCACUUCUCGUCCCUGGAUGACAAGCCCCAGUUCCCAGGGGCCUCGGCGGAGUUUAUAGACAAGCUCGAGUUCAUCCAGCCCAAUGUCAUCUCUGGGAUCCCCAUCUACCGCGUCAUGGACCGGCAGGGCCAGAUCAUCAAUCCCAGCGAGGAUCCCCACCUGCCCCAGGAGAAGGUGCUCAAGUUCUACAAGACCAUGACGCUGCUCAACACCAUGGACCGCAUCCUCUAUGAGUCCCAGAGACAGGGCCGGAUAUCCUUCUACAUGACCAACUAUGGUGAGGAGGGGACGCACGUGGGGAGUGCAGCAGCCCUGGACAGCACGGACCUGGUGUUUGGCCAGUACCGGGAGGCAGGCGUGCUCAUGUACCGGAACUACCCCCUGGAACUGUUCAUGGCCCAGUGCUACGGCAACGUGAGCGACCUGGGCAAGGGGCGCCAGAUGCCCGUCCACUAUGGCUGCAGGGAGCGCCAUUUCGUCACCAUCUCCUCUCCACUGGCCACGCAGAUCCCUCAGGCGGUGGGGGCAGCCUACGCGGCCAAGCGGGCCAACGCCAACAGGGUCGUCAUCUGUUACUUCGGAGAGGGCGCGGCCAGUGAGGGGGACGCCCACGCCGGCUUCAACUUCGCCGCCACCCUCGAGUGCCCCGUCAUCUUCUUCUGCCGGAACAACGGCUAUGCCAUCUCCACGCCCACCUCCGAGCAGUACCGCGGGGACGGCAUCGCGGCUCGAGGCCCCGGAUACGGCAUCCUGUCCAUCCGCGUGGAUGGCAAUGAUGUGUUUGCUGUGUACAACGCCACCAAGGAGGCCCGGCGGCGGGCCGUGGCGGAGAACCAGCCCUUCCUCAUUGAGGCCAUGACCUACAGGAUCGGGCACCACAGCACCAGCGACGACAGCUCAGCGUACCGCUCAGUGGAUGAGGUCAAUUACUGGGACAAGCAGGACCACCCCAUCUCCCGGCUGAGGCACUACCUGCAGAGCUGUGGCUGGUGGGACGAUGAGCAGGAGAAGGCCUGGAGGAAGCAGUCCCGCAAGAAGGUGAUGGAGGCCUUUGAGCAGGCCGAGCGGAAGCUGAAGCCCAGCCCCAGCCUGCUCUUCUCAGAUGUGUAUCAGGAGAUGCCUACCCAGCUCCGCAAGCAGCAGGAGUCUUUGGCCCGUCACCUCCAGACCUAUGGGGAACACUACCCCCUGGAUCACUUCGAGAAGUGAGGCUACUUGGCCCAUCCCCACCUACGUCAACUCUGCCUCUGAGCGCAGAGGUGACGGGCAGGAUGCUACCCCCUUCCCCUGACAGCUCCCUGCAGCACACUCGGGCCAGGGCAGCACUUGGGGCGGCUCCUGCCUCUCCAUGCUGUUAACAUUGGUGGGGCCUUGGUCAGCCUCUUCUUCGCCUUUAGUUACAGGGUCUUCUCCCAGGGGCUGGGCAAGGGCACCUCCAGGACUGGAAGCCCCUCAGGGCUGGGGGUGGACGUGGCAGGUCAGCCUGUGGAACUUACUCAGAGUGAGAGGUGGUCAGCAGGUAGUGAAUAAACUAUGCCUCUGCAUUUGG